AUGACUGAUCAAGAUAUUCAUCCAUAUAACUAUAGUGAAUUGCGAAGUAAACACAAAGGCUACAUCGAUUUAUAUAUUGCUUUAUAUCAGCUGAAAACAGAAGAUGAAGGGGAUUUAUAUGAGAUUUACAAUAAGAUCAAAGCAGAAUUGAUUGAUUCAAAGAUAUGUCUUCUCCAAAAUAUAAUUAGAGAUGUUUUGGAUAUUAUUCCUUAUAAUAAUCGCUAUGCAAGGUCAUAUUUAUUUUUUGCCAAACACAUUUCUGAUGAUUAUCAAGUUAAAGAGUUCAACAAUGGUAUUUAUAAAGAAUAUGGUAUUAAAUUAGGUAUAUCUGGUGAAUUCGAAAAAUAUAAAUCAGAAAAUCUGGAUUUUCUGACAGAAAAUUCAAUUUACAGAGCAAUUAUGUAUAAUGACAAAGAAGCAUUCAUCUUUUUCAUUGAAAGUGAAGGAUUUGAUGAAGAUCAAAAACUAAAAAGUGAUUUAUAUCCGUUUACUGCGCUAAAAGGAUAUUCAUUACUUGAAUUAUGUUGUUAUUAUGGUGCAGUCGAUUGUUUCAGGUUAUUAAGAAUGAAUUGUGGGUCAAAAAUAACUAUCACAUGUCUUCAUUUUUCUUUUUUAAGUGGAAAUCCAGAGAUCAUGAAUGAAUGUUUAAAAUUUCAAAAACCAGAUGAAAAAUGCAUGGAAUAUGCAAUUAUUUCUCACAACAUUGAUUUUGUUACAUUCUUAAUGACUGAAUACAAAUUAAAGAUCAAUUUAGAACAUUGCUUAGAAUAUAAAAAUCUUGAAUCAUUAUUAGUUUAUUUUGAUCAGACUCGUGAAAUCAGUGAGUGUUUUAUUUAUUCAAUACAGUUUAAUAUUAGAACACUUUCUGAAUAUUUCCUUUCACAGGGUGCAAAUAUUAAUGCAAAAGAUAAAAAUGGGAAAACCGCUCUUCAUUAUGCAACAUAUAAUAAUAACAAAGAUAUGGUCAAGUUUCUUAUAGUUUAUGAUGCAAAUUUUUAUGAAAAAGAUCAGUAUGGUGAAACUGCUCUUCAUUAUGCAGUAAAUAUAAAAAGUAACGAAAUGAUCGAAAUUCUUUUAAGUUUUGGUGCAAAUGCCAAUGUAAAAGAUAAAGAUGGAAGAACUGCUCUUCGCCUUCCGUACUUGAGAAUCAAAAGAUUGAGAAAAAUCGAAAGACCAAAAGUAGGUUCUGAAUGUAGAAUUAAAUUAUGA